AUGACAUCGUCAGGCAUGAGCCAACCGCCGCGACCACAGUCGGCUGCGAACGUGUCUACGCACUUCGAGCAGCAGCGGGAGGGGCUGGUAAGGGAGAUUGCGCUGAGCCUCGAACAAGUCCUCCAAAACAUCAACCGGCUAAACCGGAAUCUGGAAAGUGUUAUCACCGUUGGCAACGAAUUCUCCUCUGUAGAAGCGUUGUGGUCUCAAUUCGAGACUGUGAUGGGCGCCGGCAAUGAUGGGAAUGGGAAUGAACAGGAGCACGAGCACGAACAUGAGCCGGAACGCGAGCAGGAGGGCGCGGAUGUGGAAGCAUGA